GUCAUUUGUUCCAACGCAAUCACAGCCGUCCGCUAACGCGCAGCUCGCGCUGCGGUCCGUCCCGUUAUUCCUUCCUCCGUACCGGAAGUUUCUCCCGCCGCUGUUGAUAUCUAUUCAUGGCCAGGAACCAUGAAUUAACCGAGCUUUAUUCACUGGCCGUAUCAAGAAAACGCUGCGCGGUGUGCAGCGUGUCCUGACUGAGGAGUGCUUGCUGCGAUGGUGCUAGAUCUGAGUGAGAACUGUGUGGAGAGGGCUGAUGGGGAGGACAUGGAGGCCACUCGGGAAGAUUUUCAAGAGCCAGAGCCCAAUAUAGAAAAACCCAAACCGGUCCCGGUCCGAGCAAGAAUCAGCAAUAUCACCCAGAGGGACAGGCUGCACCACAACGGGCCCUGUAGCACACCAAUGGAGCAGAGGGUGCAAGGAGCAGAAGGAGGAAAUGGAAAAACUGAGAAAUUGGACUUACCCAUGAAGAGGACAGAACUUCGAAGGCCACUCAGUCUGGAGAUCAAACCGCAGCGUGUUAAGGCGAAUAAUCAGUGUGAAAGGAAAGUGGUGCAGCCUCCAUGGCGAUACGGUGCACCCUCUCCUCCCACGCGAAGCCUCACAAGCCCCAGUUUGGGACCCGGAGGCUGGAUGCGGCGUAGUGAAAGUACAUGUACUGUAAACUCCACGGUGCAACCUAGAGCCAGCAGAGGGCGAAUGCGGCCGGCUACAUCCCUGCCGCACAUUGCCCGGGGGCUUGUGGCUGCACCAGUACCCACACCUUCUACACCACGUGGGCCCUGUUUACUCGUGGCUCUGAGGCCCACAAAUCUCGAACAUGAGCGUCAGACCUUUUUCCAGUCGGACUAUAAGUACGAGCCCCAGUUUGAGUACGCGUCACCCGAGCCUGUUAGUGUCCUGGAGAAGUAUAAAGAAGGAUCUGGACUCUUUCUUUCCCAGGCAGUUAAAAUCAUGGAGUGUGUCCUGAGGAAGUUCGGCACCUACGAGAACUUUGAAGAAGUCACCGGAGGAAGUGUGUUGCCCAAGAGUCGAGUGUGGGCGACGGUGCGCAAGUACUUACAGAAAGAGGGCUGUGUGGGUGAGGUGGUGGUGUCUCUGUCUGAUGAGCUCCUGUCUCAGGCCGUGAUGAUGGUGGAGAGCUGCAGGCCGACCUUAACCAUAAACCUGUCAGGAGCACGGCAGCACUGGCUGGAAGGGAUGCUAAGACACGAGAUCGGUACACAUUACUUACGCGGCGUGAAUAACAGCAUGCAGCCGUGGGCCAAUGCCGUCGGAAGGAAGCAGUUUGGACUGAAGCCAGCCAAUCCUACAGAGGAGGGACUGGCCAGCAUUCACAGCGUGCUGUUGCGGAAGCAGCCCUUCUUGUGGCGAGCUGCUCUCCUCUACUACACCGUGUACCAUGCAGCCAACAUGAGCUUCAGCCAACUGUUCAGCUAUAUCGCUCGCUUCGUCCAGGACCCCGCGGUACGCUGGGAGUACUGCCUCCGUGCCAAACGGGGACAAACGGACACCUCAAAACCAGGCUGUUUCAGUAAAGAUCAAGUCUACCUGGAUGGGAUCCUAAGGAUUUUACGCCACAGGAGAAACAUCGAUUUCAAGAUGUUAACCUCGCUGGGCAAGGUGUCCUAUGAAGAUGUGGAAAGGCUUCGUCAUCUUGCGGUCCUGCGGAGAACCAGGAUCCCGCACUUCAUGCAAGACCAAGAACGUUACCUGCAACAGCUGGACCACAUCGUCGUGACUAAUGAACUGAACGAUGCUGAGCUACAAGAGCUCAUUCCAUGAGGAUGAGGGUUUGAAUAUACAGGACCUUUUUGAUUAUUUGCUCAUUUCCAGGUGCGACUCAGUAAAAAGAAAAAUAGGAUUAUUGAUUUAAAGCCUGGAUUAUAAUUUUCAGCAUCUGUGAAAAUUCACACAGGACAAAAUCAGUUUUAAUCAAGUGAUUUACUCACUUAUUCAUAUUGUUUCAAUGUUAACAUUUUUUCCAACAGUACCAACACAUACCAACAUGUGCGUUUACAGUUACAGAGAUUAUCACCAAUUUCUCUGAACCAACAAUAUAUCAGACAUUUGGAACCUCUGAAAUAUUAUACAAAUAUUGUAGCCUAAUUAUUGGAGGUCAGUGGAAGAUCAAGGGUAUCUUCAUUACUUUUUAUAAUUAAGUUGCCAUGAUAUUUCAAAGAAACAUGUAGACAAGCACUCAAGUAGCAAUUCGCUGAUUUCUAUACACACUUCUUUUACCUCGUGUUCUGCGAUAAGCACUGCAUUUUAUUGUUGUUCCUGUGAUGCUGUAUUAGUCACUGCUAGAGCUUUUUAAACCACUGUCAGUAUUUAUGCAAGUAUUUAUUCUUUUUUUUUUUUUACCUCAUGUAUUCAUAAUGAAAACUGAAUGUUUGUGAUUUUAGCUAAAUAACUCCAUUAGUUAUCAUUAGGGAUGCAUCGAUACCAUUUUUAAAUAUAUAUGUAUUUUUGGACUUGCCGAAACUGAUACCGAUACCAAAACGAGUAACCUACUUAGUAUUACACAGUUAGGGGUGUCAUGAAACAUAGCUCUGUUUAUGUUGGUUGUGGCCCUGUGCUGAGUUUGAUGUUUAAAAUGUUAUGGUGUUUAAAUAGUAUUUUUAAUAGAGAGCACAUGGGCUGCCAACCUGAGCGUAGAGAACAGUAUCAGCAAGCCUGGGAAUUAAAAAUGAGUUCAAGGUGCCAUGAAUUGCACCUAGACUCUCAAGCAAAUUGUAGACCCUGGUGAAAGGAAGCAUGCAUAUCUCAGUGCAUCAUAUCAGUGCUUGCAGAACUGGCGUGUGUGCCUCAGUGCUCAGUGCUCGCAGAACUGAAGUGCUCUCGCAUGCAGCAGUUUUUCUGCACACUAGCUUCAACGCUCCACGCUCGCACAUACCUUUGUGUGUGCAUAAUUCAUGGUUCCUUGCCCUCAUUUUAAUGAGCACUCUCGCUAAUACUGCUCUGUGCGCUCAGGUCAGCCACAAUCACGCUCUCCAUUAAGAUACUCUUUAUAUGCCACAAGAUGUUUUAUCAGGUUCCUUGUAUGGAAUUCUGCAGGAAGAUGCUGUAGAUCCUCCACUUGAUAUUUUCACAGAGCAGUUUGCAGUCUGCAUUUCUUUGAUUGCCAUCAUUAAUCAUGAAAUACAUCCAGAUUGCUGUCAUUUUCUGGCAUAGCGUGACAAAUGUACACUAGGCUUUACGUCUCAUUGUAUCCUGCAGUAUUGGAUAAUGGCAUUUUUUACGAGUACCAGCAAAUGAGCACGGCAUUGACCAAAACUCGAUUUAGUAUCAGUAUCGAUGCAUCCCUAGUUAUCAUACGCCUUAGUAUCUCAAAAAGGGCAUCAAUGAUCACUAGAAAGUGUCAAAUGACAUUGAGUGGUCACAUGCAUUAAAAAAAGUGCAAUUGACUUGACUAGUAUUUUAUAUCAGGACAGGAAACUGGCAUUAAUUAUAGUAAAAUAUGGAAAAUACAGUCAGGCUGUGUUUAGAGUCGAAUGUGACACGUGUGCAUGUGUAGGCCAUUACCACUGCAGCCUCUGGCUCUUAAUCCUGUUCACAAGUCGGCUACCUGCAGCUCCUUCACUGUUGUACAUUCACACAAGGCAUGUGAUGGACUCAGGAUGAGAUACAACAAAGUGAUGUGGAUGUGCCUUCGAUGGGUUCAGAACUCAUCUGUAGAGUCAUCUGUUUGUAAAAAGCUUGAAAUUACAUGUUCAAACUCUGUAGUACUCAUCGUCUUCUGUAUUGCAUGAAUAUUGCACAUUUCAUUAUCUUUAAAUAAUCUGCAAUUUUCAGAUUAUUUAUUAAAACGCUACACUGAACUCAUGGCUGUUUCUGUUUUAUGGUAAUAAAGAUGGGAAAGGUGAAGUGUAUUAAGAAACAACCCAACUUCUCAGGGUUAUUGCAUUGUAUAGUUGAGUGCAAUCCUGCAACAAGAUAACCAUAAGGCUAAAUCCACAUUAAUAAAUGCUGAAAAAAUUACAUAAUUUAAAUAUGCUUAAUUUUCACUGACCUCUCAAUUUGUAUAUAUGACAAUUUUAGUUUUUAAUAUCAAUCAGGUAAUGGAUAUUAAAAAAUAAAAUUAUGUCAUAUAUACAAAUUAAAUAAUAAAAAAAAUAAAAGGGAUUUACAAAGGGAGUGUGUGCAGCCUCAAAAGUAAUACACCAGGGAAACAGGAUAUGUCUGAGGGGACUGAGAACAAAAGGAAAAUAUUUUUGUAUUUAUUUAAAUGAUAAAAUAUUCCUUAUGGGGUAUCAAUAAUUUCAGGACAUAUUUUAAAGAGAAAAUUCAAUUUUUAAACAAAAAGGAUUAUGGUUAAAACAAAGAUAAAUAUUCUCCUACUUUUGGAAUAAUCUUGUGUCUUGUUUAUUUUAUACCAUCAUGUGUACUCAUUUUUAGGACAGGUGCCAAUAGUUCUGGAGGGCACAGUACAGUGAGUGGGUGAUUUAUGGAGGGGUGAAAAUUAGGAUAUCAGGUUGGAAGGAAUUAUAAAGACAGCACAACUGUAUGAGUUAUUAGAAAAUAACUUACUUUUUUACUAUUAAUAUCAUACAUAUAAUAUCAUAACAUUUUUGUCAAAUGAAAAAACAUUUGAAGCCCAACAGACUAUACGGUUGCUGGUAAUUAAAUUCAUUUUCAUUUUGUCCUACAGGUAUGCAAACCUUCCACACUUGACAGUAGCUAGAUAGUAUUACAUCAUGAAGGGGAAUCAAUUUUUAUGAAGAGAAACUUGAAAUGCAAUAUAAAAUGAGGAAUACUUUUUACUUCGCUUGAUCGGCUUACUAAAAAUUGUGUGGAAAUUGGUAUUUAAAGCCUCAGUCAC